UGACUAAUAACAAGCUGAAGCUGAAGGGCACUAUCAAAGAGUCAGUAAUGUAAUCACUGAUAAGCUGCUGACUUGUUCAUUUUGUUAUUUGGUGUCUGAGGCUGGAAUGAGGAGCUGCACAGUUGAGGGAUGCUAGCAAUGAUGUUAUCAAUUCUACAGUCUAAGAGAUUUAAUUAAAGAGGGAAACAGAAUGAAUAUCAAUCAACAGGAAGUUGUGGUUCAUUGGUUCCGUCAUGGACUACGUCUCCAUGACAACCCAUCUUUAAUUGAGGGCCUGUCAGAGUGUGACAAGUUUUACCCUGUAUUCAUAUUUGAUGGUGAAGUUGCAGGAACAAAUACAGCAGGAUAUAAUCGAUUUCAUUUUCUUCUGGAAUGUCUGCAUGAUCUGGACAAAAAUCUAAAGAAAGUCGGAUCUCGACUGUACUGUUUCCAGGGCCAACCUACCGACAUUUUUACCAGACUGAUUGAGGAAUGGGGAAUCACUAAGGUGACAUUUGAGGCAGACCCUGAACCAGUCUGGCAGGAACGAGAUAAUGCUGUAAAGAAACUACUAAACAAGAGAAAUGUGCAGUAUGUAGAAAAAGUCUCCCACACACUGUGGGACCCAAACGAAGUAAUUGAGAACAAUGGAGGUAGCCCACCUUUGACCUUCUCCCUGUUUAAUCUUGUGACCUCCACCAUUGGGGACCCCCCUAGGCCAGUGGAGGACCCAGACUUCACCGAUAUAGAUCUCCCUGUCAGUAACAAUCAUGACAAACAGUUCGGGAUCCCUUCUCUAGAGGACUUGAAUGUGAGACCAGAAUAUGAAGAACAGAGGAAUCCCAUUGUGAAAUGGCAAGGUGGGGAAACAAGAGCACUGGAAUUAUUAGAGAUUCGCAUGAACCAUGAAGAAAAGGCCUAUGAGAAAGGUUAUGUGAUGCCUAACCAGUAUUACCCAGACCUCCUUUCUCCACCUCUCAGUCUGAGUGCACACCUCAGGUUUGGCUGUCUGUCUGUCCGCAUGUUCUACUGGAGAAUCCAUGACAAGUUCAAAGAGGUAAAGCCAUCAGUGUGUGCCCCAGUCUCCCUCUCAGCACAGCUGAUGUGGAGGGAAUACUUCUAUACCAUGGCUGUCAAUAACAUCAACUAUGACAAGAUGGAGCCUAACCCAAUCUGUCUCAACAUACCAUGGUACGAGAAUCCAGAACAUGAAGAGAAGUGGACCAAGGGUGAGACUGGAUAUCCCUGGAUUGAUGCCAUAAUGAAACAGCUUCUUCAGGAAGGCUGGAUCCAUCAUGUUGCCCGUCAUGCUGUGGCGUGCUUCCUGACCCGUGGGGAUCUUUGGCUUAGCUGGGAAGUUGGACUAAAGGUGUUUUAUAAAUACUUACUCGAUGCUGAUUGGUCAGUCUGUGCUGGGAAUUGGAUGUGGGUCUCCAGUUCAGCCUUUGAAAAAGUCCUACAAUGUCCCAACUGCUUCUGUCCUGUACGAUAUGGGAAACGAAUGGACCCAUCAGGAGAAUAUGUCAGGCGAUAUCUACCAGUGUUAAAAGACAUGCCACUGAGGUAUUUGUUCGAGCCAUGGAAAGCCCCACUUCCUGUCCAACAGAAAGCAAAAUGUAUUGUGGGAGUAGAUUAUCCGAAGCCAAUGGUGGACCACCAAGUAGCAUCAAAAGAAUGCAUGAAGAACAUGAAGGCUGUUAAGGACACACUUGUGGGCAAAAACAUUCCCCACUGUGCCCCUUCAGAGGAAUUUGAAGCAAGACGGUUCUCUUGGUUACCAGAUCACACACCCUCUGGUGGCAAUUGCAGAGCCAACUUCCUGUGUGAUGGCCUAAAGGAUUUAGAAUAGAAAAGACAUGUCAGAUCAUUUAUGAUGGGAAAUUAUAUCUAAUGUAAAACAUACCUGUACAGUAUUUAUCAUUCAAAUUACGUUAUUGAUCAAUAAGAAUUUUGGACAUUUUAGAUCAAUUUAAUCCUCAUUUUAGGGUUAGAAAUGGACAUUAUCAUACAAUUUUGGCAGUUUCAGCACCAUGAGUUUCACAUAAUAACUAUUCAGCUUAUGAUUUAAUUUGGUCACAAAAUGUGCUUUAUUAGGUGUAUGAAUAAAAGUCCCAUUUGGCGUAAAGCUUUGAUAGAUGUUGUUUGAUUAUUUAUAUUAAUGGUAAUCAAUGCCAUUAGAACAUCAGUAAUGGUUAGGUACUGUUGAGGUAUGGUUUAAAUAUUGUUAUUAGCUAUUUGUUGAUUUGAUAGAACUAAUUCUGUAAAGUGGUACCUCAUUAAUCAAGAUGAUGUUUUCUGAGCAAAAUUGUCUCGACAGUGAAGCUUCCAGUUACAUAACCUUUCUUUAAAUUUUUGAACAUGGUAUUAAUUAUUGGUUCCUCAAAAAAGUUAUUCAUUGGGUCAAGCCUCAGGAUUAUUGGUACAUGAAUUUAUGAAGUGCUUCUAUCCCUAAUUAGGUUUGAAUGUUUUGAUGUAAUUAAUUAUUGCUUUAUAUGGCUCACAAACAUUGAUAUUAAACAAAAUUUAUACUAUUUAUAAAUUGUAUUUUGUUUUUGUGGUAGGGAGGAGAAUAGCAUUUGAUAUAUCUCAUUUUUAGACAGUUAUUGUUGCAGAGAAAAAAAAAAUAGAAUUUGAUUAAUUUAAAAAAUGUACAUUUCAGUUAUUUAAAUAGAAGGUUUUUGAUCUUCAUAUCAGCAUCUUUAGGUUUACAGCCAUUAUGACAAAGUUACAUUUGCCAAAACUGAAAAAAGUGAAAUGCUGUAUUUUUAGAUGCAUGACUUUUCCAUGAUAUUUUUGAUGUAAUUACAAAAAUGAACAGUGGGCUUUUCCUAUUGGUUAUUUUUUAUUGUUUGAAUCUUUUAAAAAUAAUAAUUUUUUCUUAUCUACACUUAAGCAUUGUACUAAUUUUAUGUUGUGCAAUAUGGUAUUGAAAUGUUUAUAACCAUUAUAGUAUACAUAUCUUUGCGGGCAUACAGUUAUAUACUGUCAGUGGAUCUCUAUUGUCAAAAUUUUGUCUGUAGCUGUAAGAUAUUGAUUAUUGAUGAAAAUUAUUGUUUUAUUCCAGAUUAUAAGUUUAAAUUCUCAACAUACUCUAUAGAUGUUCAGUUAAGCUGUGUUUAAAUCUGUUGUUGAACAUAUGUGUUUCUGUUUUUAAAAAAUGAUAAAACCAUGAAAAAAUGAU